GCCAGUGACGUCCCAAAAGGAGGAAAAGCUUUUCUCACCUCAUUUUUUGCUGGCAACCACCCUCCUCCAGUGAGCCAAAACGUUUCCUUGACUUUGGAUUGGAUUCUUUUUUGCUUUCCAGUGAUCGAGUGUCACUCUAGAUCUUUGUGCUCUCUGCAGCGCCAUGGUACAGUACUGGACAUGUAGCGCCAUCCCAAGGCGUUAUGGAGAGGCCAUGAUUCCACAAAAUAGUUGGUAGGUAGAGAUACCCAGAUACCCCCGCUCGUCAUACACAAGACCAUGCUGCACCCACGAGGAAUCCUCUACAAUGGUUUUGUGAUGCUAUCGUAUUGCAUGGCCACGUUCAGACUCUUGGAAACUUACUUGGAGCAGCACGUACAACUUGAUCCCAUGGAACACUCCGUGCCUGCUGCAAGUCUUAGUUUGUCUUCUGCUUCCAUUAACUGCUCGCUGCCUGAAAACUCGUUGCAUCAAGUGGCUCUGGAUAUGAUUCGUCAUUCCAGUCCCAAGGGAUCACCAUCCUACCAAAAACUGCAACACGUCCUCCACCAGAACCAAUAUUUCUACAUUGAUCUCGGACCUCGCAUCUUUGGCCAAAUUCAAAAUUCCAUCAUUGACAUGCUGCGAGGCUAUGGCUUGACACGAGUGUAUCACUACAAUGCCAAUGUCACUCUGGUAGAAACCAUGUUUACCAAAUCAAAGUGUCCCAUAGACAACAAACACAACAACUGUGCCAAUACCCAACAUCAAGCUCGCAUUUACAUCCAGUCCGAGCAGUACCUCAAGGAUCAUCUUGGCAGUUGCCAUGAUUCUCCCCAUUGCAUUGCCCUCGAAUUCAGCGACCACAACUACAAACUCGAACAAGAAAAGGGAUGGGGAGAUUCGGUUGUCCUCCUACCCGUCAUGACACAACAACCCAGUCGAUUGAUCAAGUAUGCGCAGUAUCCCCUCCAACCACUUCAAAAAAGAACCACCGAUGUUGUCUUUUUUGGACUCAUGACAAACCGUCGCAGAAUCCUCCAACAACACGCCCGUCGUUACACACAACAACAACGUCCCGGAGCCAAUGUGACCAUUUCCAAAGUCAAUCCCAAAACGGAACAGCAGUACAUGGCCAACGCCUACCAGCAAGCCAAGGUUUGCCUCGUGGGGCAUUCCUACAGCAACGUGUCGGGAGGAGAGUAUCAUCGAUUGUCCGAGUUUGCACCCUUUGGAUGCAUUCCCGUCAUGGAAACAUUUGCCGAUGUCAUUGGAGUAGAUCGAUAUCAAGCUUGUGGGAAAGUCACGUUUGCUCCCUUGGAUCAACUCUUUGACGCAGCAGCGAAUAUUAUUGCAGGUCAGAUUGACCGUGGUACGGAAUACUAUAAUUUUGACAACUUUGACCAUGUAGCAUGGUGGAGGGAGGGGAUCCAUUGGGGGUCCAUCUUGACGACCAUGUAUGCCGAUUAAGGUCGCCAAGAAACUAUACUGCGAAAUAGAAUAGUCAGGGCGGGGACACGGGCUGGAUAGAUAGGCCCAAUCAGCCUGUCGCAAGCUUCUUGCGUAGGUACACGUGCACAUCUUAAUACAUGAUAACGUAAUAGCUAAAGACGAGCUACAAGUCUG